AUGGAUAAAUGCGCUGUGGAUCCUGGGCAGGGGGAGUUGAGCUUCCGACAAAGCCCUACAUUCCAGGAUUGCUUUCCUGGGAGUGAGAAGUGCUACAGGGAGGUGGAGCACGACGGAAAGACCUUGAAGGUGCCUUUCCGCCGCGUGCAUCUGCAGGAUGACAACGGUCACUUCGACCUGUAUGACACCAGCGGACCUCAGGGAGUCAACCCAAGGGAGGGCUUGCCCAAGAUCCGGUCGUCGUGGGUGGAGCCCAGGGAGGCAAGGGGGGACAAGGUGCAGACGCAGCAGUACUAUGCCAAGCAGGGCAUCAUCACAGAGGAGAUGGCGUUCUGCGCAGCUCGCGAACGCAUGGACCCAGAGUUCAUCCGCUCAGAGGUGGCUCGCGGUCGUGCCAUUAUCCCAGCAAACAAGAGACACCUCGAGCUGGAGCCAACAGUCGUAGGCCGUAACUUCCUGGUGAAGGUGAACGCCAACAUCGGCAACUCCGCCGUCAGCUCCUCAAUCGAAGAGGAAGUUGAAAAGCUGCAGUGGAGCACCAUUUGGGGCGCGGACACCGCCAUGGACCUUUCAACCGGCAACAACAUCCACGAGACGCGCGAGUGGGUCAUGCGUAAUUCGCCCGUGCCGGUGGGCACGGUGCCGAUCUACCAGUGCCUGGAGAAGGCGGGCGGCAUCGUGGAAAACAUCACCUGGGAGCUCUUCCGCGAGACCCUCAUCGAGCAGGCCGAGCAGGGAGUUGACUACUUCACCAUCCAUGCUGGCGUGCUGCUGCGCUACAUUCCCCUGACCGCCAACCGCGUCACUGGCAUUGUCUCACGCGGCGGAUCCAUCCACGCCAAGCUGUGCCUGCUGGACCACACGGAGAACUUUGCCUACAUGCACUGGGACGAGAUCCUGGACAUCUGCGCCCAGUAUGACAUCACCCUCUCCAUUGGGGACGGCCUCAGGCCGGGCUGCAUCGCCGAUGCCAACGAUGCCGCGCAGUUUGCAGAGCUGAAGACACAGGGCGAGCUCACCCGCCGAGCAUGGGCCAAGGAUGUGCAGGUGAUGAACGAGGGUCCGGGCCACGUGCCGCUGCACAAGAUCCCAGAGAACAUGGAGAAGCAGCUGGACUGGUGCAGCGAGGCGCCCUUCUACACUCUGGGGCCCCUGGCCACUGACAUCGCGCCGGCCUACGACCACAUCACCUCCGCCAUUGGAGCUGCGACCAUCGGCGCCCUCGGCACGGCGCUGCUGUGUUACGUGACGCCCAAGGAGCACCUGGGCCUGCCAGACCGUGACGAUGUCAAGGCCGGCGUCAUCGCCUACAAGAUCGCCGCCCACGCGGCCGACCUUGCAAAGGGCCACCCAUAUGCCCAGGAGUGGGACAAUGCUCUUUCCAAGGCGCGCUUCGAGUUCAGAUGGUAUGACCAGUUCCACCUGUCGCUGGACCCUGUCACUGCGCGUCUGUUCCACGAUGCCACGCUGCCCCAGGAGCCCGCCAAGACCGCCCACUUCUGCUCCAUGUGUGGCCCCAAGUUCUGCUCCAUGCAGAUCACACAGGACCUGCGAGAGUAUGCUAAGAACCACCAGAUGGAAGAGGACGAAGCCAUCCAGACUGGCAUGGCGGAGAUGUCGGAGCAGUUCAAGAGCAUCGGAGCAGAGGUGUACCUGGAUGAAGCCGUGCUGGAGCAUGCCUGAACCUGCACAACCUGUAUUGAGGCCUGGCCUCUCAUCGCAUCGCAGCACCCUUUGUAUCAUAUGCAGCAAAGAUAAUAGACCGAGCGGGCGCUUUCAAACGCAUGAUUUACUGCCAUAGUGCAUGACACGUGGAGCAUUGCAGGGGCAUCACAAUUUGAUGCUAUCUAGAGGAUGGUUGCUACAGUAUCCCAAACAUGUAAUCCUUGUAUGAGGC